CCUUCGGACCAGAUGAGCAGCAGCCGCUGAGUAACAAUUUCAAGAUGCCAGGCGGCGCAAGGAUCUCAUUCAGUGGUGUGGAUUCCUCUCUUUCAUCUUUGAAAAACUGCCAGUCUUACAUAAAUACUGGAAUGGAUAUUGCUACUCAUGUUGCCCUUGACCUUGUGGAAAGUUACAAUGAUGUAGAGGACAUUAAUACUAUGGAAAAUGUCAUGCUAGAAUAUGCUGCAAUGGAUAGAGAACUUAAUCAUUACAUGAGAGCAAUUGAAGAAACAGUAAACCAGAUAAAAAGAGAAAAACCAGAAAAUAUACCAGAUUUAAAAAAUUUGGUAAAGGAAAAAUUUACUGCACUGGAGAGCAUGAACAGUGACUCAGAUUUGCAAAAGAAUGAAAAAUACAUGUAUUUUAAGGAUCAACUUAAAGAGAUGAGAAAACAAUUCAUGCUAAAAAAUGAUACUUUAGAUAAUGAUGAGGCCAUUGAACAAAUCGAUGAAGAUAUAGCUGUGACUCAGAGUCAGAUGAACUUUAUUUGUCCCAUUACACAGAUGGAAAUGAAGAGGCCAGUUCGAAACAAAGUCUGUGGACAUAUUUAUGAAGAAGAUGCCAUUCUAAAAAUCAUCCAGACUCGAAAGCAGCAAAAGAAAAAAGUCCGAUGCCCUAAAAUUGGCUGUAGCCAUUCUGAUGUAAAAGAAUCAGAUCUUAUGCCAGAUGAAGCACUUAAAAGAGCGAUUGACAGUCAGAAUAAACAAAGCUGGUCAACACUGGAGAAGUCAGAUGGAUAUGCUGCUGCCACAAAAAUUUGUUAUUAGAGGUCUUGUGAGAUAAGCUGCUGAUUGUGAGUAGGUUGUGUAACUGAUUGUUAUUUAAAGUGUUUCAUUUAUAGGCAAAGUUGAAGGUCUCAGCUGUAGCUAAAAGCAUUUUUCUAAACUGCUGAACACAAGGAAUUCCAGUUUAACUUGUUUGGGGAUUUUUUAACCUUCCUGAAAGUCUAAAAA